CGGAGUGUCACUUGAUGAAUGUGUUAAAACAUAAAUAUAAAAAAAAAUUGACAGUAAAAUGUGACUUAAAUUCAUUGAUAUCGGUCUUAUUUUGACCUGGAAAAUGGUUGCAUGUUGGAAAAUAUUCUCUGCUAUUUAUUUUUGUUUUUUUCUGGGCGUUAUAGCGCUUUCUCUUGCAGAGAGUCCUUCGCAUAGCGCAUCAAAGGCAGCUACAACAUAUCUCAGCUACACCAAGGCCACUAAUGCCAGUAAUGGUACCACACAUCCACCAGUCAUCACCACCCUACACCCAACCACUGUACCAACGACGGAACCUGCACCAGCAUCCGCUGAAGAAGAACAUGAGAAGUCAAUGGAAAUAUUUUUCAUCCUGCUUGUUGUUGGAUUGUGUAUUUUUGUCAUUUAUUUCCUAAUCAAGCGUCGGUUUCACUACCUUCCUGAAAGUGUUGCUGUUGUUUUCCUAGGUGCUUUGGUUGGACUGAUUACAAAAGCUCUGACCCAUUUCAAUGUUGGCAACUGGAGGCAAGAAGAAGAGUUGGAUCCGACUGUCUUUUUUCUGAUUCUUCUUCCACCAAUAAUAUUUGAAUCUGGUUACUCACUUCAUAAGGGUAAUUUCUUUGCAAACAUUGGGACAAUCGUUUUGUUUGCAGUGUUUGGUACAGCGAUCUCCGCCACAGUCGUUGGUGGAGGCGUUUAUGUCCUUGGACAGGCUGGUCUUAUCUUCAAACUCAGUGUGGUUGAAAGUUUUGCUUUUGGUUCUAUGAUCUCCGCUGUCGAUCCUGUCGCAACCCUGGCCAUAUUCCAUGCGUUAGACGUCGACCCGACUUUAAACAUGUUGGUUUUCGGAGAGAGUGUUCUUAAUGAUGCUGUAUCCAUUGUCAUGACCAACACUGUGAUUGGAGAGGAAGGAAAGGAAACUACAAGUUUUCUGUCAGCUGUUGGUCAUUUCUUCUCCAUGUUUAUUGGAUCAGCUUGUAUAGGAAUUGCGUUUGCUCUAUUGAGUGCUCUUUUAUUAAAGCACAUCAACCUGAGACGUAUUCCUUCGUUAGAAUUAGCUUUAAUAUUGAUAUUUUCCUACGCUCCGUAUGGUCUAGCAGAGGGCCUUAAACUCUCAGGCAUUAUGGCCAUCCUGUUUUGUGGAAUCGUUAUGUCACAUUACACACAUUUUAAUCUCUCGCCUCAAACGCAAGUCACCGUCCAACAAAUAUUCCGAACAAUGUCUUUCAUGACAGAGACCUGCAUUUUUGCAUAUCUUGGAAUGGCAAUUUUUAGCUUAAAACACAAUUUCAAACCUGCGUUCGUCGCUUGGAGCAUUGUUCUUUGUCUUCUUGGCAGAGCUGUCAACAUCUUUCCUCUCUCAUCUCUGGCAAAUCUUUUUCGUUCUGUGAAAAUCAAUCGUAAAAUGCAAUGCAUUAUGUGGUUCAGUGGUCUUCGUGGAGCCGUUGCCUUUUCUUUGAGCACACAACUCCAGUUUGGAUCUGAGCAGAGAUCAGUAUUAGUGACGUCAACAUUAGUUAUAGUUCUUUUCACAAUUCUCAUAUUUGGCGGUUCAACGUUGCCUCUUCUUAAGUGUCUUCAAGCAGAAAGGAGCUCUAAUCGGAAUUAUGAUAUUUCCCUUAGCAAGACAGAAGCGGAGGAUAAAGCAUUGGAGUCAGAACAGAUGACAGAUGACGAGUGGAGGUUACCGAAGCGGGCGUUAACAGGAUUUGCCAGUCUUGAUGCUAAAUAUUUUAUGCCUUUCUUCACUAUUAAUUUACCAAGAGCGGAAAUACACGUGAGAUCUUCGGAACUGCAAAACUUGAACAGUUGCUAUAGUGAAGUGAGCGAUGAAAGCGAAAGGGAAAUUGAUCAAACUGUAGAAAGCGGAAAAUUGUAAAGUUAACAAAAUAAAAAUGAAAUAUUUAUUGGCAGUAACUAUGAAUUUGCCAGGUAGAAACAUAUUGAUGCAUCUCUGGUUUCAGUAGUUUUAUGAAUAAUUAUAAAUUAAUCUAAUUUAUAUAAAUUUCAGUCUAUUCGAAUCUUGUAUAUACACCAAUGUAUAUAGUUGUACAAAAGAGAUUA